AUGACAAGCACAAUAAGAGAGGAGAAGAAAGCGCUGCGCAAACACAUCAAGGAGCUACUAGGCAAAAUCGAGGAGGAAAAUGUCAAGGAGCAAUCUGUCAUUGUGACGCGGAAGGUACUGCAGCUUCCAGAAUAUCAGCACGCUAAGUCCAUUAGCAUUUUCCUUUCGAUGCCAGGUCGAGAGGUUUCCACAAUCGAGAUUGUGCGAGAUGCCUUUCGUCAAGGCAAACAGGUCUUCAUUCCGUAUAUCCACUCAGCACAAGACGACCAAAAGCACAAAGUGAUGGACAUGCUUCGGCUCCAGGAUGAGCAAGACCUGCAAAGUCUGAAGCCAGACAAAUGGGGAAUACCUUCUCUUUCACCUGAAAGCAUUGACGAGCGUGAGAAUGGUCUAGGUGGAAAGGGCGUUGAUGAUUCCAGCGAUGUGUCUGAUUCGGUCAAUAUCCUUGACCUGAUUUUGAUGCCUGGUAUAGCUUUUGACACUGCCCACAAUCGUCUGGGACACGGUAAAGGGUUUUAUGACACAUAUCUCUCGAAGAUUCAGCGUAUUACCGAAGCUAGUGGUAAAAGUCCCAGAUUUCCAAAGCUCGUGGCAUUGGCAUUACAGGAGCAACUCCUGCCUCAUGGCGAACAUGUCCCCACAGACGAAGAUGACUGGAAGAUAGACUGUCUUGUAGUACCCGAGCAGAUCGAUCGGAGUUCGUAG